UGUGCUUUAGUGCUGCAGCCAAUAUCUGCUUUUAUAUAAUGCUUAUGUACAUGUAGAAGACAACCACUUUAUGAAAGAGGUUUAAUAAUCACUGCACUCUGGGCUUGCCCAUCUAACCCAUGCAUCAGCUGAUUGUUUAUGAGGAUUGUGUUGGGGUUUGUAUCGGAGGUCUGACUUAAGUUCAGGAGACGAUAUCCACUGCUCUCAUCAUUCUAGUCGUGUUAUUGUAGAAGCUUAUCUAGUUGAUCAAGCAUGACUUCCCCCUGAUGAAUCCAUGCUCAUUCGUGAUUACACCUGAUGAUUUUCUUGCUAUUCCCGUGCCUGGAAAUGGUUUACAGGAUGAGCUGUUCUGUCAUCUGUUCCCAGAGUCAGAGGCGAGGCUGACUGGCCUGCAGUUCCCCACGCCCUCUUUCUUGUCCAUUUUAAGAUGGGAGCAAUAUUUGCUUUUCUCCAUUUUCAGGCACAUCUCCCAGUUGCUACAAUUCCUCUGGAAUAAUUGAGAGUGGCCUUGCAAUGAGGGAGGUAGUAGCUCAAUUCCAAAUUUCUUUCGUAUCAUGAAGCGGCAGUUUACUGAGACAGAGUGGCAUGUAAUCAAGUCUAUGAAUAAUGAGUGGAUGCAGCUGGAUAUGUUUCAUCGACACUGGGCCCUAAAAGAAAGCUUCUUGAAGGCUAUUGGAGUUGGGAUUGGUUUUAACUUGCAAAGAAUUGAAUUUAAUGUGUCCCCAUUGCAAAUGGAAGUAGGGAAGGUGUAUAAUGAGACCCAGAUGCUGUUGGAUGGAGAAAAAGAGGAAGAGUGGACUUUUGAGGAAACACGGAUAGAUGACUAUCAUCACAUUGCAGUGGCUCUUGGGAAGCAGGAGGGAUUUGGACAGCAACAUAUUGAUGUAUGUUCCAUGCAACCUCAUCGAGCACAGUUUACAUUACUGACUUUCGAAGAUUUAGUUGCACCUGGAAUUCCAAUUACAUCUGAGGAUUCUGCAUAUUGGGAUAACUUUUGUUCUAAGCAAGAGAGUCCAAUGAAACAGAGUUCAGAUUCAAGAUGAGAAUGCUUAGAAAGAAAGGAUCGCAAGGAUACAUGCAAAUAUGUAAAUAAAAUUGUUUUAUUUUAUGUAUUUUCCUUCAAGUCUGAUAUUCACCUUUUUAAACUUGACAUUUUUCUGUCAGUAUUUAGCAAGAUGGCAUACUUCCUCGCUGAAGGAAUUCUAAGAGAAAAGUCUAAGCUGACCACAUGGAUUUUUGAUUCUCCAUGCCUUUCCCCUCAUACUUUAGUAAUUACCCUUAGUAGUAACAGGAAGCAGAGCUUCAGUAAUGUUGUCAGUCAGCAAGACCUUAACAAGUGGAAGUGUGUUUCUGUGUUUUAUUUAUGCUGAACUUAUAUUAUUUAACGUCAACUCUUAUCUUAAAAAAAUCAUAGUUGUAUACUCCAGUGAAAUGAAUAAAGCCAGAGGAAUUGGUAAAAGUCCUAUUGCUGCUACUGCAUGGCAUAAGUGUUGUACAAGAUUUGAGGUUUAGUUGUAUAAAAGCAAGCUGAAAAAGUCUGAGUUGUGCUCUUGGAACUAAGCCUGUGUAAAAUUAUUUUGAGGCGGGAAUUUAACAUAAAAGUAUUCCAUAUUCUUUUCACUUAACACCUUAAUUAAAACUUUUUGUAUCUAA